GGGGAUAUUUGCCGGAAGUCACCGUUCUCCACACUGCCAGUUGCCCCAUAGAAAUUAGACAGGGUUAUCUCCCCUUCUCGCCUCUGCAAGACAAAGCGACGGACAAGUAGCUAGCGGCGAUUUACAGACACAGACACAGCAGCCGAAUGGUCAACUGGUCGGAUUCCAGUGUCAUCUCGAAAUGCAGCAGUAUUGUAGAGCACACUAAUUUCUUAUGUCUUGGUAUGUACAUGUGGGAGUACACAGGAUCAUGGCAAGUUGAACUUGCUUUGAUUUGCAAACGCAUACCACCUAGAUGGCCUCUAGUAAGCAGCAGUUUGUAUACUUGUCCAUUGUCACGGAAAUGUCAAUCUCAUCAGCUACCCUACAUCACCGGUCGUAUUCUUCUUCUGUCGUCCAUGGCUUUGAUCCCGGUCCCUCCUAGUGUGGAUUGCCACAGCGCUUUUUUGGCCUUUUCUUUUGCAGGAAAUGCAUCCAUUGGUUGUUCUUCCUUGAACUUAAUGCUACGACCAUUCAUAAUCUGGAGAGCAUUCAGAUGUGUCCGUAUAUUUCUGGUCUUAGCCACGGUUGGCCACUGGAUCAUCCUGUUACGGGUAAUGGUUGCCUUCUCCGUCAUGAAAGUGAACGGGGGUUGUGGCUUCAUGGUCAUUGACCAUACUGAUAUGACCACUAUAUUUGUCUACACGAUGGCUUAUGAUAUACUGGCGCUUGUCUUGACUAUAAUCGGCCUUCGAAAUAUGCCAUCGUCUAAUGAAUUGUGGAAAGUGUUGUGCAAACAGGGGUUAACAUAUGUCCUGAUCACCUGCGUGGCAAAUAUCAUACCAGCCGCUGUGGCUUCUCUGAAUCUGAAUACUGCCAUGAACGUUAUAUUUGCGAUGCCGGCAUCUGCUAUCAGCACUGUCGCAUCGGGUCGAAUAGUUGUUGCCUUCCUAGACCUAAAGUCAAGCUCCUGCGGUGGAGAAGACAUAAGUAGUCGAGAUGUACCACUUACCACCGUGGUGACACUGCCCACGUGAGUUCUUGUUAUGAAUUUUACUUUUAUUGGAUGAUGGACAUGGCACACAGUGGAUCCUCUAUGGAUGCCCCAAACCUCGUAUGAUGUUUGGGACCGGAUCGAUCCGUCAGUUUCUGAUGGAAAACUUGGGGAAGCGGUUCAUUGACAACGGUAUAGUACGGCCGCCUUCACAUAGCUGGCCACGGGUUUGGGGUAAAAAAGAAGGCAUCAGUAGUACGACAUUGUCAAGAUAGCGAA